AUGUCACUGACGUUGUUGAAGGCCUUGACUUGCAAGGUCUACCGACUGCUAGAUGAGGAUCAGUCUCGUCUGCCCCUACCCCAACUCGGCUUGAUGGCCUUCAAAGCAGCCGACGCUGUCAAGGUCCUUUGCGAGCUCUCGUUGCUGCAUUUCCAACUAGGGGUUACUCACAAAUUUGGAAAGCUAGUGACUGACCAGUUGAACCUCCGAUUUUCGAUUGCUCGGGCAAAGGACUGUCCAAGUCCGCUGGCUCCCGAGACUCUACGCUUUCUCGACGAAUCUCUGAUCUACCAUUUUCACGGUGAACGACUCAUCUGGACAAUGAUGAAGAAAGAGCUAUCCGAGGCUUAUACAAAGGAGCACGCCCAGGCGAGUCAGCAUUGGCAAAACCGCGAACUCGAUGGCCAAGAUUUAGCGACGGUGAUCUUGAGCGCUGUCUCCCUUAGCCUGGACUCAUCCACGCCAUGGCUACUGGCGGAAGACCUCUAUCACAAGGAGUAUAUUGCCGGCCGUGAUGCUUGUAAGCGAGAGCCUGCCGGUAGCGGGCAUGGCUCUGCCGAUGAAGAGCUAGACACCUCCAUUGACCGCCAAAAUCGUCCUGCUACAUGUCAGGUCGUUGAACAGGCAUCCUUGAGUCCGUCGGCCCACUCCAGAGCUCGAAAUGUCGAUCCUACUAUUUCUGUACCCCACGCCAACACAGUCAACAUUGAGGCAGACUCUACUCCAGUUGAUCCCUCAAUCCGGCGCCGCAUGAUCAGUUUCUCCGCUCUUGACACCAUGGCAACGAACGAUGCGGGCUAA